AUCGAAGACAAAGAAGAACUCGAAGAAGCCCGCAAACGCGCCACCUCCUCCUCCUCCUCCACCACCACCGAAGCCGCCACUGCCCUCCACCUCCUUGAUCGCAUCAACCAAACCAAUCAAUCCUCCAAAUCCAACCGCAUCGGCCUUUAACAAUGGAAGUAGAAGUGAAACUGCGUAUUAAAGACGCAUCCAAUUUCACCAAUCUUAAAACCCUCUUAAACCCGUUUCACAUCAAAACCCAUCACCAACAAAACCUCUUCUUCGACACUACAGCUUCAACUCUAUCCGCUCAGCGCGCUGUUCUUCGCCUGCGUUUCAUCAACAAAGAUACCCACUGUGUUCUUUCUCUCAAGGCGAAACCUGUACUUGUCAAUGGCAUCAGCCGCGUGGAAGAGGAUGAAGAAGAUAUAGACCCGUUGGUUGGCCGCGAAUGCGUGGCUGAUCCGUCGAAGUUGGGUUCGAUUGAAUCGAGGAUUAUUAAGAGGUGUAGAGAGGAAUGUGGAGUUGGGAGUGAAACGGGGUUUGUUUGUUUAGGUGGGUUUGAGAAUUUGAGAGAUGUUUAUGAGUGGAAUGGGUUUAAGUUAGAGGUUGAUGAGACUAAAUUUGAAUUUGGGGUGUGUUUUGAGGUGGAGUGUGAGACUGAUAAGCCUGAGGAGGCUAAGAUUGAAAUUGAAGCCUUUUUAAAGGAGAAUGGGAUUGAUUAUAAGGAUUCUGAGAUGUCAAAGUUUGCUAUUUUUCGAUCCGGAAAGUUGCCUUAGAUAUCCUGUUCUAUCUGUCUCGAAGGACCCUGGAAAAGGAACUAUGAUCAGAGACUCAGACUAUGGAGAACUUUGAUCGUUCUAUAAUGUCACAAGUUUGUAAUUGUUUGAUGAUUUUGCACCUUUCACAUGCAACUGAUGAGGAAUAUUGUAGUAUUGUAAUUCUCAGAAGUCUUUUCUUCAGUUUCUAAGUGACUUUAUUUCCAAAUUUUCAGUUUGAUAAAAUUAUCAUUCUAUCAUGCGUGUUUAUUUCUUUCUUUAAUAAAAGAGACAUAAUUUUGUUACA